AUCUAUAAAUGUCAGUUAAUGUCAAAUAUAUAGUGAAAAAUGCUCUUUUCGUAAAAAUUGAUAUUUAUUACUUAUUCAAUGUUGUUAUAAUUUGGCGUUAAUUAUAAGUUGCACAAAAUGUUUACAUUAGGUGGUCAACGGAUCUUACAUAAGGGCCUCAAGAUUUUGAGGUUAACUAUAGUAGAUUUUAGCAGUUUACCUGAUAUCAAGACACUGAAUCUUGUGCGAACAGUCGAAAAGAAUAUAGAAAAUAACACGAACAUAUUCAUCGAAAGUCCUAUUCAUGUAAAAGUGCAACCUAUCGACGUCAAUGAUUUGAAGGCACAUAAUAAAUUAACUAUGACUUUAUACAGCCAAGGAAAAGAUACGAACGACUUUCAAGUGAAACAAACUUCGAAGCGACUCGAGCUUCUGAAUAAGAACACAUCGCCCGACCGUAACGACGUAUGUUUAAUACAAGUUCCAUACAAAUUAAAAGUGCAAGUAACUGCCACAGAGAACGCGUCGGUACAUUUAGCUAAAUUAGAAGCUGAUGAGUUCGUGGUUAAGACUCAGAAAGGCUCCGUGAAUAUUGCGGACUUAAAAGCCGAUAACAUCAAAGUGGAAAGUGUAUCUGGUGACGUACAAGCUGAUGGCAGGCUGCAGGCAAGUAAUAUUGAAUUAAAGACUGGAAUAAAUGGAGGUAUCAAGUGUCACAGCAUCAUGGCGAACUCCUUCAAUGUAGUCUCUCAUGCUGGUCCCAUUACUGUCAAGUCAUGUUAUAGUGAUAAGUCACACUUCACAACACUUAUGGGUAAUAUUAAACUGGAUAAUUUACACAGAUCUGUAAAAAUAGAUGUUAUACAGAAAGGCAACUUACACCUCACAGGAUUUUCUGGUAAUCUAGAAGCUUCCUUGAAAAGUGGUGAAGUGUUCAUGCAUGCAUCACAGUUGACGGAAAAAAGUAGUAUAUUUAUCCACGAGAAGGGCAAAGUAGUAUUAUUAGUACAUGAUAUAUUAAAAAAUUUGCCAGCAACAAAUCUAAUAGCAGAAAAAAUACAAGUUGAUGACAAAAUAUUAAAGCUCGGACGAUUUAUGGAUGAUUCCCAUCCAAAGAGGUUUAGAUUUGAAAAAGAACCUCAAAAUGAAUUGCAUAUAGUCUGUAAAAAUGGUUCCAUAGAAUUGAAAGACACAAAUUUACCUUUUAUUAUGUAAACAUAUAAAAGGAUCUAGGGAGACCCUACUCAGUGCAUCAUGUUAAAUGAACAUAAUUUGCUUGUAAAUGACAUUAGUUGCACGAUGAUUGCAUUUUACUAAUUGUAGAUACAUUUUAUUAUCUAUUUUAUUGUAUAAGAAUGUUACGUGUAUUAUGUUUUUCUGUAUUUUUAAUAAAUAUUGUUCAAAAGCAUUUAAAUAUAUCCAGUGUAUUAUAAUCCUUAACUUAUGUUGUUUAUAUGUUUUGAUUCUGAUUAAUUAUAUUUUUGCCAAAGUAAAAAUGGAAAAGUUAUAUAAAUACAUUUAAUAAUUUAAUAAUUUUUAAAGAUGGAGGGUAAACAUUCUUGAGUCAUAUUAUACUAAGUAUCAAUGUUUGCCAAAAAAUAAGAAUAUUAAUUUUCUUUAAACCGUACAUAACCUUGUAGUAUCACAAUGCUAAUCUUAUGAGCAGAGUCUUCAGAAGUCAUUGAGAGAAAACAAUUCCUAUGGGAGUCCAAUUACAAAAGAAGAAGAUGAAGAAUUUUUUUCCACAUUUUGCUAACUUUGAAUAAAUAACAUGAAUAGUGUCUAAGGACCUGUGUCAAAAGAUACUGAUAAAGUGACCUCGCAUGUAACAAUUUCAACAAAUAAAAGUUUAAUCAAA